UCUGGAUUCUAUUUUCCCUGGAGCGACUUCAGAAGGAUGUAACGACCGAUCCACCUUGCGCAGCUGAAGUCUUCUCAUCAAAAUGCAGAAGGGAAUACGACUUAAUGAUGGUCAUGUCACCUACCUGGGGCAUAUGGCGAAAAAGGAUGGUACAAGACGAGGGUGCUUGAGCAAAAAAAGCUCAGACAACACGAAAUGGCACACAAAGUGGUUUGCUUUGUUACAAAAUAUGCUCUUUUAUUUUGAGAACGAGUCCAGCUCUCGACCCUCGGGAUUAUACCUGUUGGAGGGAUGCUUAUGCGACAGGGCGCCUUCACCAAAACCUUCACAGUCAGCCAAGGAGUGUUUGGAAAAGCAGUACUAUUUCACUGUCAACUUUACCCAUGAAAACCAAAAGGCGCUUGAGUUACGCACAGAAGAUGUAAAGGACUGCGAUGAAUGGGUGGCUGCAAUAUCACACGCCAGUUACAGAAACUUGGCCAACGAGCAUGAGACUCUCAUGCAGAAGUAUCUUCAUCUGCUUCAGAUUGUGGAGACGGAGAAAACAGUUGCUAAGCAACUUCGACAACAGAUAGAAGAUGGGGAAAUAGAGAUUGAAAGGCUUAAGUCAGAGAUCUCUGGGAUGCUCAAAGACAACGAGAAGAUUCACGACAGCCCUGCAGCCGCCCCAACAGAUGACGACUCAGAAAUCAAGAAAAUCAAAAAAGUCCAGAGCUUCCUGCGAGGCUGGAUCUGCAGGAGGAAGUGGAAGACAAUCAUCCAGGAUUACAUCCGUUCACCACAUGCAGAGAGCAUGAGGAAGAGGAACCAGGUGGUGUUCAGCAUGUUGGACUCAGAGGCCGAAUAUGUCCAGCAGCUUCACAUCCUGGUGAACAAUUUCCUGAGGCCCCUCCGCAUGGCAGCCAGUUCCAAGAAACCGCCCAUCACCCACGAUGAUGUCAGCAGCAUCUUCCUCAACAGCGAAACUAUCAUGUUUCUACAUCAGAUAUUUUACCAAGGUCUAAAAGCCAGAAUAGCGAGCUGGCCAACAUUAGUGCUGGCCGACCUGUUCGACAUCCUGCUGCCCAUGCUGAACAUCUACCAGGAGUUUGUGAGGAACCACCAGUACAGCCUGCAGAUCCUGGCUCACUGCAAGCAGAACAGAGACUUUGACAAGCUGCUGAAGCAGUACGAGGCCAAGCCCGACUGUGAGGAGAGGACUCUGGAGACCUUCCUCACCUACCCCAUGUUCCAGAUUCCCCGCUACAUUCUUACGCUCCACGAACUUCUGGCCCACACUCCCCAUGAACACGUAGAGAGAAACAGUCUGGACUACGCCAAAUCUAAGCUGGAGGAGCUUUCCAGAAUCAUGCACGAUGAAGUGAGCGAGACCGAGAACAUCAGGAAGAACCUGGCAAUAGAGCGCAUGAUCAUAGAGGGCUGCGAGAUUCUCCUCGACACCAGCCAGACAUUUGUAAGACAAGGGUCUCUCAUCCAGGUGCCGAUGAGUGAGAAGGGCAAGAUCACCCGUGGGCGACUAGGCUCUUUGUCUCUGAAGAAGGAAGGAGAGAGGCAGUGCUUCCUCUUCUCCAAGCAUUUAAUCAUCUGCACCAGGGGUUCUGGGGGAAAGCUUCAUCUCACCAAGAAUGGAGUAGUCUCGCUUAUAGACUGCACUCUUAUGGAGGACCCCGAGGGAACAGAUGAUGAGUCCAAAUCAGACAAGAGUGGCCAAGACAUGGAGCACCUGGACUUCAAGAUUGUCGUGGAACCAAAGGACAGCCAGUCAUUCACAGUCAUCCUGGUGGCCUCCUCGAGGCAGGAGAAGUCUGCAUGGAACAGUGACAUCAGCCAGUGCAUAGACAACAUUCGCUGCAAUGGGCUGAUGAUGAACGCCUUCGAAGACAAUUCCAAAGUCACAGUGCCACAGAUGAUCAACAGGUCAGAUUCAAGUCUGUACUGCGAUGAUGUGGACAUCCGCUUCAGCAAGAUGAUGAACUCCUGCAAGGUGCUGCAGAUCCGCUACGCCAGUGUUGAGCGCCUGCUGGAGAGACUGACCGACCUUCGUUUCCUCUCCAUCGACUUCCUCAACACCUUCCUGCACUCCUAUCGUGUGUUCACCACCGCUGAUGUGGUGCUAGACAAGCUCAUCACCAUCUACAAGAAGCCCAUCAGUGCCAUUCCUGCUCGGUCCCUGGAGUUGUUCUUUGCCAGCAGCCAGAACAGUAAGUUCCUGUAUGGAGAGCCUCCCAGCUCUCCCAGGGCCAGCAGAAAGUUCUCCUCCCCACCUCCUCUCGCUAUCGCCAAGAAUUCAUCCCCAAACCGCCGGCGCAAGCUGUCCCUCAACAUCCCUAUCAUCACUGGGGGCAAAGCUCUUGACCUUGCUGCCCUCAGCUGCUCCUCAAAUGGCUAUGCAAGCAUGUACUCAUCCAUGUCCCCAUUCAGCAAGACCACCUUGGACAUCAACAAACUGUAUGUGUCCAGCCCUACCUCAAGCAAAAUCCCUGAUGAGGGAGAAGACAAGAAGGACAAGGUGGAGGAUACCUUAGUGAGCAAACAAGAUCACUCUGUGAGAGAAGAAAGUGACACUGAUCAAAACCAGAGUGAUGACGGGGACCCAGAAGCCUCUCCUAUCAAAUCACCAACCACUCCAAAAAACAUCAAAUGCAAAAACUCCUCAGAGUUCUCCCUGUUUUCCUACAACAACGGCAUGGUAAUGUCCUCGUGUCGAGAGCUGGACAGCAAUCGCAGUGCCCUGUCGGCUGCCUCUGCCUUUGCUAUUGCUACAGCCGGAGCCAAUGAGGGCACACCCACAAAGGAAAAAUAUCGGCGGAUGUCCCUAGCCAGUACUGGCUUCCCAACAGAUCAGAGAAAUGGAGACAAAGAGUUUGUGAUCAGACGAGCAGCGACCAACAGAGUCCUGAAUGUCCUGAGGCACUGGGUGUCCAAACACUCUCCGGACUUUGAGAGUAACAAUGAGCUGAAGACAAAAGUUAUUGUCUUCCUGGAAGAGGUGAUGCAUGACCCCGAGCUGUUGACCCAGGAGAGGAAAGCAGCAGCCAACAUAAUCAGGACUCUAACUCAGGAAGAUCACAGUGACAAUCAGAUCACCCUUGAAGACGUGACACAACUGAUGGGAGAAGGAAAGGUCGAGCCCUUUGAGAGUCACUCUGCAUUAGAGAUCGCAGAACAGCUCACUCUGCUGGACCACCUGGUGUUUAAGGUCAUCCCGUAUGAGGAAUUCUUUGGACAAGGCUGGAUGAAGAAUGACAAAAAUGAGAAGACGCCGUACAUCAUGAGAACAACAAAGCACUUCAAUGAUAUAAGCAACCUUAUUGCCACAGAGAUCCUGCGCUGCGAGGACGUGGUCACACGAGUGGUGGUCAUAGAAAAAUGGGUGGCUGUAGCCGACAUCUGUCGCUGUCUCCACAACUACAACGCAGUGCUCGAGAUCACCUCCUCCCUCAACCGCAGCUCUGUUUUUCGCCUCAAGAAGACCUGGCUUAAGGUUUCCAAGCAGACAAAAGGAUUGAUUGACAAGCUGCAGAAGCUGGUCUCAUCAGAGGGAAGGUUCAAAAACCUGAGAGAGGCUUUGAAGAACUGUGAUCCUCCCUGUGUGCCCUAUCUGGGGAUGUACCUCACAGACCUGGCUUUCAUUGAGGAGGGAACACCAAACUACACCGAAGACAACUUGGUCAACUUCUCGAAGAUGAGAAUGAUUUCUCACAUCAUCAGAGAAAUCAGGCAGUUUCAGCAAACAGCAUACAAGAUUGACCUGCAACCAAAGGUAACCCAGUAUCUACUGGAUAAUAGCUUUGUUCUGGAUGAAGAAAGCAUGUACGAAGCCUCACUCAGAAUUGAGCCUAAAGUGCCCAACUGAUGGGGAAGUUCAUCCUCCACAUCAUUUUCUCUGUUAAUAUUACACACCAGUUAACAACUUUUGUAUAGUUGUACAUGUUUAAGAUAUUUGCUCUUCUGUACAGUAGAUGUUUAAGGUUGUUUGUUACUGUUGCCAUGAUGCCACCUGCUUUAAGUUUUUUUUUUUCCUUUGGGGUAUUUCAAGCAUAAUAACAGAGGUCCCUUUAGGUGCACACAACUGUGUUUUCUUAGUGACCAAUGACAUUAUUUUGCAUCAUUUCAUACUGUUUUGACUUUGCACUUUCUGAGCACUCAUGCUGCCGGCCGUUUCUUGAGUUUUAUCGAUGACUGAGUUUCUCUGCAACCAAUGUAGCAUUGUAAAAAUGUAACUGCAUCAAAUCAGGUAAAAGUACGGAGAAGCACUUGAUUUAAAGAUAGGGAACGAUGAUCAGUGGAGAUGAUAGCGAGGUACCUGAAGCAUAACUGUCUCUGUCUCUUCCCAAACCAAAACAAGAGGGAUUUGUUUCUUAAUUUCUGCUCACUACUCUGAAGUCAGAGGUUCCCAACCGCUUUUAUAUUGACAGAGUUAUUGUGGACCAGCCCAUUGGGAUGAAACCUGAAGGGAAAACAAUUGAACUAUUAACACUGGUUAAGUGCUCAAUGUGCUGUUGACGGAAAGGUUACCUCACAUACUCAUGAAUUCCUUUAAUGAACACGACUAAAAGUCUACUGCCAUGCUAGCAGCUUUGUGAGGCUUUACUUAGGCACAGUGGUGCUUUGACCCUAAUGAUAACAUCAGCAUUCUAACAUGCUCAAAAUGACAAUGCUAUCAUAAUUAUGUUGACCAUGUUAACCAUAUUUGUUUAGUGUGUUAGCAUGCUAACAUUAGCACUAAACAAAAAGUACGUUUAGUUAUGCAAAUAUUUGAUCAUAAAGUAUUGGACCAAUUAAAAUUUUGACCUGAAUAUGGCGCUAGAUGAAAAGUUAAGGGAUCACCAAAGUUAUCAUAAUUCAACCUGAGUGGGACAUGAAUAUCUGAACCAAAUUUCUUUUAACAGUUGUUGACUUUUCACUUGAAAAAUCAAAUGUGUAAACCUUGUGGUGGUAUUAGAGAAAAGGUGAAAGGGGCACUAAAGUCAGUAGGCUUCAUCCUCUGGGAACUGUGAAUAUCCGUACCAAAUUUCAAUGCAAUUCAGUAGUUGUUGAAAUAUUUCAGUCUUGAUCAAAGUGUUGGUGACAGAUUGAUGAGCAUUGCCAUCUCUAGAGCCAUGCUGCUAGAACAGCUAAAAAUCUAUAUGUUGUUGGUGAGAAUGUGACUGGAGCUGAUGAAAAAUGCAGAACAGACAUUCUUUCAUAAUUAUUAAGGUUUUUUUCAGAGAAUCAUACAGUUUCUUUGCUCCCCGGUAACACAUUUUCCGAGGGCUGGUAAUGGUCCACAGGGGUCAGGAACCUCUGUUUUAAGACACAUGUCUUCAUUACCUCUUUUCUUUUUAGCCUCUUGUCACACAAGGUGCACAAACUCACCUCAGUAUAUUUUAUCUAAUUUGUUAAAAGCUGUGCGACAACACACAGUAAAUCAUAAAGAAAGGUUGCAACUCUUUAGAUUGCUGUGAUUUAAGGUGAAGCAUUAGUCAUCUGAAUUUACAGUUACACUUAAAACACACCAAUACAGUACAGUGAGUUCUGUCUACGUUAACAUUUGUUUCCUGGUUUUUAGUUCAACUCAUAAAAAAAAGAUCACAGGCGGUGGAAAGUGUUGUACUUCAGGUUUUCGACGAUACUUCUGUAGAGUAAAAGGUUGUUGCUCUUCUGUAAUUAAAAGACAAUCUGUCCUUUUUUGCUGUUCCAGUGAUUGUGGAACGUGACUGUAUAUCACUCUGUUAUAUGCAUUGCUGUUUACUAAAACUAUGAUAAAAACGUAUGUGAAUGACCUCUGCCUGCAGCAUUCAAACACUAUUUUUGUAGUAGUAUAAGAGAGAGUAACCUGCUCUUUAUAUGAACAUGGGAAAGUAUUUUGUACUUUGUUGUUAAUUCACCUCACUGAGAUGUGCUGUAUAUUUUGUACAUGCAACCCUGCAUAUUUCUCAUGUGGAACAGUGUAAUCCUUUCAACAAAAAAGAGUUGUAUCUCAAGCUUAAACACAAAACGCUACAACAGUGUGGAAACCAUGACUUAGAGGUAGGAGACAACUUCAAAGUGUUUUGCAUUUAUACUGUAAUCCUGGCUAUAACCAUUUCUGUUAGCAGGAAUAUAGUAAUGUAGUGCUUAUUCUGUGAAUAUUUGUAUGUAUUUUUACUAUGUAUGUACAGUACACUUUUGAAGCUCAUGUGGCAGGCAUGCAACACCUUCACAAACAGAAUAAUACUAUAUACUUAUACUGUAUACACUUAUACAUGCACAUACUCUUAUAAGGUAUAUAAACAAAUAAACAUUUUGCUGUUAGCAAUAUCCAGUGGUAUGAAAAUUAUCUUUCAACCCUCAUGUUUCCACACCUUCAGAAAUAUUCCCAGUUUUGUAAGAAAACAAAAUGAAAAGACAACAAAAGAAAAUAUAUGAUGGUGAUAAUAAAAACAACAAAUAAACAAAUAUGUUUCCCAGUUACCUCUUGCUAAUAAAUCUAUUUUAUAUCAGGG